UGUUAAGAGUUUAUGAGUUUCUAGUUGUUUGAAAAUCUUUUGUCCAUCCAACAUGUUGACAGUUUUUGUUUACAUUUCCAUCUGACAACAUAACCUUAACUCUGUGUCUAUGUUUCUGUCUCUUUCUCUGUUGACAAUUGACAGAAUUAAAAUAAAUUAGUGUCCCUAACCAACCAUUUAACUGUGCAACUAAUCAGUUAAUCAAAAUUCGUAUCAAAUUGAUGUUAAUGAAGUAAAUUGAAUAAAAAACAUUCCAUUUUCAUAUUCUAACCAUGGAUAAUAUUGUCAAAUUAGAGGAAUUGGGUGAUGAUUGUGUAUCGAAGGACAAUCACGGAGAAGCGGUGAUUCAUUAUACACACGCGAUUAAAUUAAAGCCUCGAGAGUAUCGACUGGUUGAGAAAAGGUGUACAUCGUUUCUACAGGUUGGACAAUUUUAUUUCGCUUAUCAAGAUGCUAAAGAUUUAAUUCUAAUGGCUCCGAAUAAUCCCUCAGGCUUCAUUAAAAGAGCAACAAUUGAAUUUGAAACGGGAAACUAUCGACUGGCCUUAUCCAAUUAUCGGAAAGCUUAUCAUCUAACCCGAGAUUCAUCAUUAAGUGAAUUGAUUCAUAAUUGUAAAGACAAAGCCAUGAAACAAGAAUCAUCUGAUCGUCAUCUUCCUUGGGUCGGUGCUGCUUUAGGUCUGGUCAUCGGAAUGGCCUUAGUGGUGGCCGAUUAUAUGAUCUGGAUGAAUAAAGGUUUUCUCAAAAAUCCAAUGAUUAAAGUUGCUUUAAUCAUUAGUAAUUCUUACCUUUUUUACUCAACACUUAAAUGGUAUCGAGGUUACAUUGGUUCGUGUCGUCGUAGUCUAUUACAACCUCCGCCAUUGUUAUUUCCAGAGGAUGGUGAUGAUGAUUUAUUCAAAUCUAAAGAUGAUUAGAUGAACAACAAUUUAAAUCGAUGAUCAUCUAAUAACUGCCAAUCUCUUUGUGUCACCCCUUUGGACCAACAAUAACAACAACAAUCGGAAAAGAUUUACAAAGACUUACACCUAAAUCUAAUUUACAUCCAUAAUUUAGUGUCAACCUAAAUCAAUAUUUUCAAUUUGAUUCAAUUUAUUUCAUUAAUUGAUAAAAUUAUGUCAAAAUGUAAAACAAAUUGUGUAACCAUUCAAGUGACAAUUUCAAAUAGUCAAUCUUAUUGUCUCCUCAUCGUCAAUCAAUUAAACAAUUGGAUUAGCAAUCUAUCAACAAGGUAAA